CGGCUCCCGACAUCCGGCCGCAACACAUGUGAGCCGGGUUCCGCCGGACACCGCCGGGCACCGCAGCCAUGGAGUCCAGCUCGCUGGGCCGCGUGCGCCAGCCGCCCGCCCCGAGGAAUCACAUCGUCUACACCGACCAGAAGGGUCGAAAGAUUCCGUACGCCGACAAGAUCACCCCGGAACCGAUCCUGAACAACAAUGGCGGGCGGGACACAAAGGCGGACUCAAUCAGGAAUAGCUACAACAGCCAAUUCAAAGUCGGCAUCUACGGCUGGCGGAAAAAGUGCCUCUACAUCCUCGUUAUGGCGCUCAUGAUGAUGAUGAUAGUGAACCUCGCGCUCACGCUGUGGGUGCUCAAAGUGUUAGAUUUCAACUCGGAGGGAAUGGGGCAGCUCCGGAUUGUGCCCGGCGGGCUACAAUUACUCGGACAGACUCUCGUGUUGGACUCCCUGUAUGCUUCCAGCAUUAAGUCUCGCCGUGGACAGCCAAUAUCGAUCGAAUCGUCCAGAAAUUUUUCAGUUACCACUCGUGAUGGACUCGGAUUAGUCCAGAGCAGACUAUUUUUAGGUCACGACCGUUUGGAGAUGAGCGUGGGCGAGCUAGAGGUGCGAGACGCGCGGGGGGCGCUGCUACUGGGUGCGCGUCGUGGCGCGCUCACCGUGGGCGCCGACAACGUGGUCGUGGCCAGCCCCGCCGGCGCCGUCUUCCGCACCGCUGUGCAGACCUCCAUGGUUAAGGCACCGCCGUCGAAGCAGCUCAUGCUGGAGUCCCCGACGCGGUCACUGGAGGUGCACGCGGCGCAGAGCGUCAGUUUGGAGUCCCGGGCGGGGGACAUCACAGCCAGCUGCCUCACCACCUUCCGACUACGCUCCGUUGCCGGCGCGAUACGUCUAGAUGCAUCAAGUAUAUACAUGCCGAAGCUGAAGUCAGCGCUACCGUUGCCACCUUCGGCACCCCACGGACCCCACCAUCAGAACAUCUACCAGCUCUGCGCGUGCGCCAACGGCAAGCUGUUCCUCGCGCCGUCGCAUGGGGUCUGCGCGGCCAGGGAAGAGAGUCUCAUAUGUCGAUGAUAUCUAUGGUGUCAGUGCGAAAACUAGUAGCUAGUUUAAGUCUUUGAUUUUCCU